GAACGUGACAGCACUCAAACUAACCGGACUUCCAAAAGAGCAUGACUUUACAAGUGAAGAGUUUUUAAGGCUACCUAGCUUAAGGCUGUUGGAAUUAGAGGGGGGAAACUUGGUAGGAGACUUUAAGAAUAUUCUCUCAAAUUUAAAAUGGCUUUCUUGGUAUCGUUGCCCUUCAAACUUGCAGGCAAUUAAUCUAUACUUUGGAAAAUUAGUCAUGCUCAAGCUUUUGGAUAGCGAAAUUCCAAAUAAUUGGAACGGAUGGGGCCCAUGCAUGGCAAAUUAUGACUUGAAAGUAAUACAUGUCAUUAGAUGCCAUCUCUCGACAACUCCUAAUUUCUCCACAUGCUUGAAUUUGAGGAUACUGGUUUUUGCUGAACAUUGUCCAAAGUCGCCACAAAUUGGUAGCUCUAUUGGUAAGCUAAAGCGUCUAAAGCACUUGGGAAUAAUUGGAUCUCAAGUUCAACCAUCAAAGUUGUUUAGAAGCCCCCAUUUUGACAUGUGCAUGGUGCCUUCAGCAAUAUAUGGUCUAAAGUACCUGUCAAGUCUAAAGUUAGAGGGGCAGUGUAUGCGAGACCUUCACCCAUCUAUUGGGAGAGAUGGUAGGCUUGACAUGCUUGUCUUUAGUGGAUUGUUAUCGGCUUAGAAAGCUUCCAAACUCUUUGGGGAAAUUAAAAUUGUUGCUUGAAUUGAAUUUGUUCAACACAAGAAUCAGAGAGUUACUUGAUUCUAUUGGAGAUCUCAAAAGGUUGGAGAAAAUGAACUUGGGAUACACUCGGAUAAAGAAGCUACCAAACUCCAUUGGAGGACUAGAAUCAUUACUCGACUUAGAUUUGCAGUGGACUGAGAUUACAACACUGCCUGCUUCUAUUGGAUAUCUUCAAAGAUUGCGGCGCUUAUUUAUGGUUUAUAGUAAGAUACAAGAGUUACAUGAUUCCAUCGGAGAUCUCAAAAGAUUGGAGGUGAUGAACCUAAGAUUCACUCAAAUAAGGGAGCUACCGCACUCCAUCGGAGGACUAGAAUCAUUGCUCUACUUAAACUUGCAGUAUACAGAGAUUACAGAAUUGCCUCCUUCUAUUGGAUAUCUUAAAAGGCUGAAGCGCUUACGUAUGUAUGGAAGUAAGAUAAGAGUGCUACCGAAGGCAAUAGGGAUGUUGGAGAAUCUUGAAGGGUUGACAUACCAUGAUUGUAGUGGUAUAGAUAUCACAUGGCCUCCUCAUCUUUGGGAACUUGACAUAUUUUGUGAUGAUCCUCAAUCUCUCCCAAGGCUUCCUCUAGGUCUUCAUUAUUUGGAAUUAAACGGUGUAAAGUCACCAAUAGAACAACCCCUCCUUGUGGAAUUGAGAUGUUUGCGUGAGUUAACACUCUCUAGAUGGGAAUUGAAAGAGAUCGAGUUUAAACAAUUAGAGAAUCUCCAUCGUUUAGAUGUGGAUAGCUGUAACUCGCUGGUGAAGAUAUCUGGCCUAUCAAGCUUAGGGAAGCUUGAAAGGCUGAGUAUCUUUUCGUGUUCACGGCUAAUCAAGAUUCAAGAUUUAGAAGAAAUAAAAUCGUUGGAGAAAUUAUCUAUUGGGGAAUGCAGCUCCAUAGAAAGGUUACCAGAUCUAUUAAAAUUGCAUAAAUUGCGGAGUUUGUCCGUAAUGGACUGUAAAUCACUACAAGGUUUGCCUGAUUUACCAAACUCGCUAGAGUACUUAUUCAUUGCGAACUGGAGCUCCAUAAACAGGUUACCUGAUUUAUCAAAACUAUAUAAAUUGCGGAGUUUGUACGUAUGUCACUGUGAAUCACUGCAAGAUUUGCCUGAUUUAUCAAGCGCGUGUCAUCUGGAUGUUCAUGCAUGCCCUAACUUAGGCGAGUCUCGUGACGUUUUGGAAUCUUGCUGGUGGUGCCGGAAAUCCAACCCGCGCCUAUUUUCAAGGAGACCUCCUAAGUAUGGUUGACACUCGGGUGCUCGGGCAUGGUUGGUGGAUAAGGACUGCACUCCUACGGUAAAAGUCAGUCCCAAAUUUUACAAUCUUGGACGUUUUCUCAAUUUUCAUGACAGAAAUUUAUUGUGGGUCUUUUAAAGAACGUGCAGUGGGACCCUCCAAGUUUGGAAGAAUUAACCAAGGAGAUGGUCGACUUUUAUGUCUCUCUCCACUUCUUAUAUCUGCGCCUGAGCUAGAGCUACCCACAGCCCUGCAAGAACCGUCUGUGUGACAAAUGCAAGAAUGCUGAUAACUUUCAACAUCUUCUGUUUUUGUCGGUUUGCUAGUGAACUGUGUGAUUUAAUUUUAUUGUGGAUUCUUAGCCUAUCACA